AUUCCGUAAAAUGUGGAAUAUCCGAAUCGCUUCAUCAUUAAAGCAACUAAUUGACCGCGAGAUACAAAUUAGACGUUACUCGUGUCCUAGUAAUAUGAAACCUGAGUGGUCCAUCUCAGCUACAACUGUUCGAGAUUAUCUGAAUUCAAAAAUUGAAGAAGCGGGACCUUUUCAGGAUGACUGGACACAAAUGUCAGACUUUCAUACUAAGAAACUGUGGCAUCAGCUGACAUUGAAACUUGAAAGCCUACUGAAGAAUCCCGAGUUCCGGAUAAAAACAGAUCUAAUUCAAUUAACGAACAACUUCCUCGCUGAUUUUAUUUACAAAAUCAAUCCUCUUUCAUUAGCUGAACUGUGUGUCCCUAUUAGUGAACAAUAUGUAGUUACAGAUCCUCAUAAAGGUAUCAAAUUCCUGGAGGAAGUUCGUGAUGAGUUUACAACCAAAUCUAAAGAAGCUAAAAUAUUAUUUAAUACAACCAUUGGAAUGAUUUAUUUGUCAGCAUUGAGUGAUCUGCCGAAUGCUCGUCAGAUCAUUGAGACAACACAGAAUCAGUUGGAUGAAAUCGAAGGUGUCACCACAGUUCACUCACGAUUCUACCAACUCAGUUCUAGGUAUUAUCAGGUCACUGGACAACAUGCUAAAUUCUACCAAGAAGCACUUCGUUUUCUUGGUUGUGUUGACUUAAAUACUCUGACUAUUGAAGAACAAAGAGGUUGGGCGUUCUCCGUCGGUUUAGCUGCUAUUCUCGGUGAAGGUGUCUACAACUUUGGUGAACUGCUUACUCAUGGUAUUUUAAGCAGCCUACAUGGCUCUUCAGAAGCAUGGCUUGUCGACUUGUUACAGGCAUUCAAUCGAGGAGAUUUGAAUCAGUUGGACCAGUUGCGUAGUCGUUGGUGUAUUCAAGCAGAUUUAGUCGCCGCUGAACCAAAAUUAAGAGAUAAAGUUACACUGCUGUGUUUAGUUGAAACGGUAUUUCGACGACCGGCUAACAAUCGUACAUUGACAUUUGCUGAAAUCUCAGCUGUAACUAGAGUUCCAGUCGAUAAAGUUGAACAUUUCUUGAUGAAAGCACUUUCUUUAAAAUUGAUAAAAGGACGUAUUGAUGAAGUGAAUCAAUGUGUUGCAUUAACUUGGUUACAACCCCGUGUUUUAGAUAAAGAGCAAAUUGCAAGUAUGUGUGCUCGUCUAAAUGAAUGGUCAGCUGCAGUUGAAGGUAUGAAAAGUCUAGUUGAAGUGGAUACCAAAUCUAUUCUAACCUAGGAAAAACAAGCAAAUAUUUUUGUUGCCUCUGUGAAUUUCACUUUUCUAUGAAUAAAUAUAUUGUGAAAUAACA